CUCCGCGCCGCUCCCGCUCCCGCUGCCGGCGGCCCCGCUGCCCCCGGCCGCUCCGCCGCUAUGGUGGCUCGGGCCCCGCCGCCCGCCGCCCCGCAGGUUGAUGAAGAGGGAGUGCUGUGACCCCGUGCCUGUGACAGUAAUUUCAGGGCCCCCGGGCGGGCUGUGAGCGCGGCCCCCGGUGCCGGUGCCGGCCCCGCCGCGCCGCACGGAGCAUGCCUCUGAGCCCCGCCGGCAGCAAACAUGAGAGCCCGGAGUCGCCGCCGCCAGAGCCGCCGCCGCCGCCGGAGCGACAGCCCCGCGCCGCCGUCGCCGGGGAGCCGGGCGCCGGCCUGCGGGAGGAGACGCGGCUCGACCCGGCCCGGGGCCCCGGCGGGCCCCGCUCCCCCAAGCUGGCGGCCCCGGCGCGCAUGGAGGAGCCCGCGCCCGGCGCCAUCGUCGUCCGCAUCGGCAUCCCCGACCUCCAGCAGACGAAGUGUCUACGGCUGAAUCCAGACGUUCCCGUGUGGGUUUCCAAGCAGCGCAUCCUCUGCACUUUGAACCACAGCCUGAAGGAUGUUCUGAACUACGGGCUCUUCCAGCCGGCGUUCAACGGCAGGGCUGGCAAGUUUCUGGAUGAGGAGCGUCUGCUGAGGGAGUACCCCCUGAAUCCAGACACUCCCGUCCCCUACUUGGAGUUCCGGUACAAAAGGCGUGUGUACACCCAGACUCUGCUGGAUGACAAGCAGUUUGCCAAGCUCCAUACAAAGGCAAAUCUGAAGAAGUUCAUGGAGUAUGUGCAGAUGCUAAAUGCGGAGAAGGUCUGCAGACUGCUGGAGAAGGGACUGGACCCCAACUUUCACGAUCCGGAUACUGGAGAGUGUCCCCUGACGGCAGCCGCCCAGCUGGAGCUCAGCGCCGAGAUGAUCAAGGCGCUGCGCAAUGGGGGAGCGCACCUGGAUUUCCGGACGCGGGAGGGAAUGACAGCUCUUCACAAGGCCGUCCGGUGCCGCAACCAUGCGGCGCUGCUGACGCUGCUGGACCUGGGUGCCUCCCCGGACUACAAGGACAGCCGGGGGCUGACGCCCCUGUACCACAGUGCCAUGGUGGGGGGAGAUCCCUACUGCUGCGAGCUCCUGCUGCACGACUAUGCCCGGCUCGGCUGUGUGGACGAGAACGGCUGGCAGGAGAUCCACCAGGCAUGUCGCUAUGGCCAUGUUCAGCACCUGGAGCAUCUUCUCUUCUACGGAGCUGAUAUGACUGCACAGAAUGCCUCAGGAAACACUGCUCUUCAUAUUUGUGCUCUCUAUAACCAGGAGAGCUGCGCCCGGGUUCUCCUCUUCCGCGGUGCGAGCAAAGACAUUCGCAACUACAACAGCCAGACAGCGUUCCAGGUGGCCAUCAUUGCAGGAAAUUUUGAAUUGGCUGAAAUCAUCAAAACCCACAAAGAAUCCGAUGUUGUGCCUUUUAGAGAAACACCGAGCUACACGAAGCGGAGACGGAUCCUGGGCGCCGGCGGCCUCUCGUCCCCACGCAUGCUGCAGCGCUCGGCCAGCGACAACAACCUGAAGGCGGAGAGCCGGGCCUCCUACUCGCCGGUGCCCUCGCUCCGCAGCCUGCCCCCACAGCUGCUGGCGCAGAUGCAGGAGGCGGCGGCGGGGGCCGGGGCGGGGGACGGCAGCCUGGCCAGCUCCGGCAGCGCCCGCAGCGCCCACAGCCGCUCCCCGUCCCUGCAGCGGGUGCAGGAGGAGAAGGAGGCCGACCUGCCCACGCUCCGGAGGAGCAGCCGCGGCAAGGCCAGCCCCGGCGGCCCGGCGGGGUCCCCCGGGCCCGGGCCCGGCCCCGAGCCCACGCCGCACGCCGCGCCCGCCCCGCUGCGCGGGCCCAAGCGGAAGCUGUACAGCGCCGUGCCCGGCCGCAAGUUCAUCGUGGUGAAGAGCUACGCGCCGCAGGGCGAGGGCGAGAUCCAGCUCAACCGGGGCGAAGCCGUCAAGGUGCUGAGUAUUGGCGAAGGUGGCUUUUGGGAAGGAACCGUGAAAGGAAGGACUGGUUGGUUCCCGGCAGAAUGCGUUGAGGAGGUGCAGAUGCGACAGUAUGAUCCACGGCAAGAAACCAGAGAAGACAGAACAAAGCGUCUCUUCCGACAUUAUACUGUGGGCUCUUACGACAAUUUCACCUCUCACAGUGACUACAUCAUUGAGGAGAAGACGGCCGUGCUGCAGAAGAGGGAGCAUGAGGGAUUCGGGUUUGUGUUGCGAGGGGCCAAAGCUGAAACCCCAAUUGAGGAGUUCACCCCAACCCCAGCCUUCCCAGCGCUCCAGUACCUGGAAUCAGUGGAUGUGGAAGGUGUCGCUUGGAGAGCAGGGCUUCGGACGGGAGACUUUCUGAUUGAGGUGAAUGGUGUCAACGUGGUGAAGGUGGGGCACAAGCAGGUGGUGUCCUUGAUCCGGCAAGGGGGGAACCACCUGGUGAUGAAGGUUGUUUCCGUCAGCCGCAAGCCAGAAUCAGAAGAAGUUGUUCGGAAGAAGGCUCCGCCGCCUCCCAAGAGAGCGCCCAGCACCACCCUGACGCUGCGUUCCAAGUCCAUGACGGCCGAGCUGGAAGAGCUGGCCUCCAUGCGGAGAAGAAAAGGGGAGAAACUGGAUGAGAUUUUGGCAGCAGCCGAGCCCGCGCUGAGAGCCGACAUUGUGGAAGCAGAUUCUAGGGCAGCCACUGUGAAGCAGCGACCAACAAGCCGGCGCAUCACGCCAGCAGAAAUCAGUUCACUCUUCGAACGCCAGGGUAUGGCAGCACACUCGGGGGUCCUUGCGGGAGCUGAGAAGCCCCAUGUUUCACUGCGCAAAGGAAUUCCACGGACAAAAUCUGUAGGCGAAGACGAGAAACUUGCUGCUUCUUUGCUAGAUGGGAAGUUUCCCCGGAGCACAUCCAUGCAAGACACCGUUAGGGAAGGACAUGGGAUUCCACCACCGCCUCAAACAGCCCCACCGCCACCUCCUUCUCCAUAUUACUUUGACACAGGCCCCCCUCCAUCCUUCUCGCCACCUCCACCCCCAGGAAGAGCUUACGAUACCAUAAGAUCAAGCUUUAAGCCAAGCCUGGAGGCUAAACUCCAUGGACUCCCACAGGUCAUCAGCGCAGCUGAGAUGUACGAUCAGGCGAGGACUUCCAUUCCCUACCCUGAAAGGCAGAAGAGGGCCCGAUCCAUGAUAAUCCUACAGGAUUCCUCUCAUCUUCCCGUGGAGCCAACAGAGAUCCCCCGGCCUGGCCCAUCUGCAACCCCUCCAGAGAAGCUGAAGAGGAAGGGGAGAGUGAUUGACAACCCUUAUGCCAACAUGGGUCAGUUCAACGUCAGCCUGUUUGCUCCCACCAAGCCACAGAGGAAGAAGAGUCCUCUUGUUAAGCAGUUACAAGUGGAGGAUGCGCAGGAGAGAGCAACACUGUCCAUCACCGGAGGCUUUACGAGGGAGCCCUCUCCCACCCGCAGGAGCCAUCGCCUGAGUGGAGUGGAGUAUCAGCACCACGCCGGCAUUGCUCAGGUCGAAGCCACAAGCAUCCCCUUCGCCACUGCCAUCGCUGGAGUCAUGAAGGACAGAGACCGUCGUCUGGAUGAGAGGCGGAAAUCCACUGUCUUCCUCUCGGUUGGGGCCAUUGAAGGAAGCCCCCCCAGCAGCGACAUGCCAUCCUUGCAGCAGUCCAGGUCUAUCGAUGAGCGGUUGUUAGGAAGCCGAGAUGUACUACUGCCUUCCCCUGUCUCAGCUUUAAAGCCAUUAAUUAGCAGCUCAUCCUCAACGUUCAUCCACCCCCUAACUGGAAAGCCCUUGGAUCCGAACUCGCCACUGGCGCUUGCGCUGGCCGCAAGGGAACGGGCCCUCUCAACUCAAGUCCCAUCCCGGUCGCCCACCCCGAUCCACAGCCCAGACUCUGACAGAGCAGCACCCCUGUUUGUGGACAUCCAAACCAAAGAACCAGAGAGGGGGGAGUUGGAGAGCUUGGUGUCCCCUGCGUACUCGCCCGGAGGCAAAGGGGCCAUCGGAACAGACUCUGGGACUUUGGCCCCUACUAAGAGCCAGUGGGGGACUCCGUCCACACUGAGAAAAGAAACUGAGGCAAGAGCAGAAACACCUGGGAAGGAGGAGAAAAAACAGGAAGACAAGAAGUCCAUGAUUAUUAGCAUAGUGGAUACGUCGCAGCAGAAGACCGCUGGCCUCAUCAUGGUUCACGCCACAAGUAAUGGCCAAGACGAGAUAGGACUUGAGAUAAAAGAGGAGAAACCAGCUGUCCCUGAAGCAUGCACGGAGCCGGCAGAGUCCCCCAAAGCAGAGACCCAGCCCAGUCCCGUGGGAAAGCCUCCGGUCAGUCCAGCCUCUGACAAGACGUUGGGACAAGGGAGCUCGGAGGAGGAGGUGGAGCCCUACACGGUUACCCUCCCACCAGCUCAGUUGUCUUCAAGCGACGAAGAGACCAGGGAGGAGCUGGCCAAGAUAGGGCUGGUGCCUCCACCAGAUGAGUUUGCAAACGGGGUACUGGUCACCACCCCUGGCACACCAGUCAGCCACCUGGCUACGCCUAGCACGCCAUCCAUACCAGCGGCAGCAGUAGCACCUUCUACCACUGGCGGAACACCCUCAGGGAAGCCCUCUGAUGCCCCCGUAGCCCCAGAGUCUGCUGCAGACUCGGGAGUGGAAGAGGUGGACACCAGAAGUUCAAGUGACCAUCACCUGGAGACCACAAGCACCAUCUCUACGGUCUCCAGCAUGUCUACGUUGUCCUCAGAAAGCGGGGAGCCUACUGACACAUACACUUCCUUUGCGGAUGGACAAACUUUUAUACUCGAGAAGCCACCAGUGCCUCCAAAGCCAAAACUCAAGUCCCAGCUCAGCAAGGGGCCAGUUACUUUCAGGGACCCACUUUUGAAGCAGUCUUCGGACAGCGAGCUCAUCUCCCAGCAACAUGCGGCCACUCUGGCAUCAGCCAGCAUUGGCCGGCCACGCUACCUCUUUCAGAGAAGGUCCAAGCUAUGGGGGGACCCCAUGGAGAGCAGGCCGAUCCAUGGGGCUGACGAUGACAAGCCAACUGUGAUCAGUGAGCUAAGUUCCCGACUACAGCAACUGAAUAAGGAUACACGAUCACUGGGGGAGGAACCGGCCGGGUCCACGUUAGAUCCCGGGAAGAAGUCACCGGUGGUCGCGGCACGACUUUUCAGUAGUUUAGGAGAACUCAGCACCAUUUCCCAGCGGAGCUCCGGGACCACCUACACAGUCCGACCUGGCAGUCGCUACCCCGUAACCCGACGUACCCCCAGCCCCGUGAAGCCGGCUCUGGAUCGGACAGAGCCCCUCAGCACCGUCCGGCCCUACGGUCUGACCCCUCCCACCAUCCUCAAAUCUUCCAGCCUCUCCAUCCCACACGAGCCCAAGGAGGUGCGCUUUGUGGUGAGGAGCGUGAGCGCCCGGAGCCGCUCCCCGUCCCCGUCCCCCUCUCCAGGGCCGCCCCUGCACACCCUCCACCCGCCUCGGCCCUUCAUGCAGAAACCCCUCCACCUCUGGAACAAGUACGACGUCGGGGACUGGCUGGAAAGCAUCAAUUUGGUGGAGCACCGAGACAAGUUUGAGGACCAUGAGAUAGAGGGCACGCACCUGCCCGCCCUCACCAAGGAGGACUUUGUGGAGUUGGGGGUGACCCGGGUCGGGCACCGGAUGAACAUUGAGCGGGCGCUCAAGCAGCUGGUAGACAGCUGACCGUCCCAGG